GCGGCGUGGAAGGACGACGACUACCACAAACUCCCACCGCCGUUCGGCUUCAAGUCGGCGCCGCCCAGCCACAUGGCCAUGCAGAUGUGCAUCUUCGACGGCCCCGACGGCGCGAAUAACAUCAUCAAGCAUUGCAUCCUGCCCAACAAGGCGAAGGCUGCCACAUUCGCCAGCAUGGCGCUCGGGGGCGCGAAGAAGCUCGUGUUCCAGCGCCCCAAGGUGGGGGUCAAGGUCUGGCAGUGCGCCUUCGAGCGCUUUGGCGGGAAGCAGUUUCGGGUUUUUUCUUGUCGCCCGACGUCGAGACGGCUGCCGAGGUGAACGAAUUCUACGAGCUCUCGGACGAGGAUGCCAACGCGGGCUUCGAGCACAUCCUGAAGAACGCGCCCCGUUCCACUGCCGAUCUCAAGCAGCUGGUAUGGCAGACGAAGGCGCUGCGCAAAGGCGCCCCCCCCCACGGCUGGCCCGUCGCCCUGGUUGCGAAGGCGCUGAGCGGCCUCGCGUCGGAGGGCGCGCUUGCGACGAAGGAGUUCGAGUGGAGCAUCGCUCUGACGGAGGGGCACUUCAAGCCGCGGGUGCUCGACGUGAUGGCGGAGAUCAUGGACCCGCUCGGCUCCCUCGCGCUCAUUGGAGAGCAGAAUUUCGGGAAGACGCUCCUGGGCCGCUCGUAUCUCUUCGCGCUCUGCCGCCGAAGCGCCCGCGUCCACGGGUUGGACCCCGCGACCGUGAGCGUCCGCGUGACUCCCGAGAUCGACUUCUUGCGGGGGGGGGCCCGAUUCUCUCACCGUGGGCGACUUCUUGGAUGAUGGAUCCCUCAACCAGCUGCCGUCUAAAAUGGUCAAGGCACUGCUGGACGUUGGCCAGUUCGAGUCCAUGCGCUGGGCGCGUUGGGGGGCCACCAAGUGGGUCAAGGGCGAGCCGCGUGCCAUCGGCGACCAGAUAUGCGACCCCAGUGCGGUGA